AUGGCGAUGACCUGUAUGUUUGUCCAAGGAACUAAAAGACUUGAUAAAAGCUACAAUGUGAAUAUCGCUACAAGAAAACUUCGAGCCAAGAGACAUGUUGUUUUUGAUAACACUAAACUGUGCAAAGCGGUUGGCUGCGUUAAUGGGUUUUGUAAAGAAAGCGAACUGAAAAAAUAUAGAAUAGUUUGUGAAUGUUUCACAGGAUAUGAAGGAACCUUAUGUGAUAAACUGAAAUGUCCGUAUGACUGCGGAACUCAUGGGACAUGUGCUAGAAAAGGAUCUAUACUUUAUUGUAAAUGCAACGAAGGAUACUUUGGGGCAAGAUGCGACUCUCUUGCACAAAACCAAUCUAAACCGUCCCCAAAAGUAGGAUCAUCAUCAAUGUUGAAAGCCAUUGGAAGCGUUUUACUCGGCUCAGCAAAUGUUUACGAAACACCAAACGCCAUAAAGACAGCAAGGAAGAAUUGGUUUGCGAAUACCGCUUCACCAAAACAUGUAAAAUUUUCCGAAUUCCACUCACACGCAGAGAUCGACAAAAGCGUAAAGCCUGACGUCUGCGUGCCAGGGUUCCAGUGUUAUCAUGGACAUUGUGACCGAGAAUCUAUGGCGUAUGGCUUAUUUCAGUGUCUUUGCAAGCCAAAUUACACAGGCCUUUUCUGUGAGAAACGUUGUACAUUAAAAUGCAAAAAUGGUGGCAGUUGCAUUGUGUUAAAUGAUGGACACCAGUUAUGUUCUUGUCCAUUCAAUUUUACUGGACAUUAUUGCGAAAAAGCAGCGUAA